UUGCAUACCCCAGUCCCCCAACAGAGCAGCUAUUUAAGGAGCAGGCAUUCCAAAAAGGCAGGCAUUAGCUUGGAAUUAACAACUCCGGCAUCCUCUGAGAGAACCUGGCAUGAGGACCCUCCUGCUGCUGGCGCUGGUCGCGGCCUUUGGCCUGCAACAAGCUGAUGGAGCCAUAUGGAAUUUUUGGAAAAUGAUUACAAAGGUGACAGGAAAGGAAGGUGCAUCCAGUUAUGGCUUCUAUGGCUGCCACUGUGGCGUGGGAGGCAAAGGAUCGCCCAAGGAUGCAACGGAUCGAUGCUGCGUUGCACAUGACUGUUGCUAUGCCCGGCUGAUAAGACGUGGGUGUUCCACCAAAUUUCUGAACUACAAUGCUGAUUACCGAGGGUCCACAAUCAUCUGUGCAAAACAAGACAAGUGUAAGAAACAAGUGUGUGAAUGUGAUAAAGCAGCUGCCCUCUGCUUUGCGAGAAACAAGAGAAGCUAUAAUAAAAAGUACCAGUACUACAACAACAAGGCCUGCAAAGGGAAGACCCCCAAGUGCUGAGCCCCCUCCCCCGGGUACCUCCACUGCCCUCGCCAAUGCCCUGGCCAUGAAGAACACCCCUCUGUGAGCCUGGAGCCCCUAUCACCCCAGAGAGAGAGUAUCUGGGAGGGCCCCUGAGACUAGAGCCUGUGUGUCCACACUUCCCCAGCCUCCCUGGGCAGCCACUUCCCUGUCUCCCCUGCUGCCCUGUAAGUCCCGUGUCCUGAUUGUGGUAGCCCCUGGGCUCAGGCAUAUCCUCAGAAUAAAACAUUU